AUGGCAAGGGGAUUGAACUCUCACAGAAAGACUCUUAAGAAAGACCACAAACCAUUUAAAUCGAAGCAUGCUACAAAAGGUCAAUUAAAGAAUCAAUUUAAAGGAAAGGUUGAAAAAAAGUCAGGUACAAGCUUAGGAAACAAUGUCCCCAAACCAUUAAGUAAAACUGCGAGAAAAAAUCUUGCUAGACAGUUGAAGGAGAAUAAGAUCUUGGAGUCGAAACUAACCAAGAAGUUGUUUGAAGGAAAUUCAGGGGCUCAAAAGAUCAUUACAAUAAUAUGUUUAACAAAUGAUUUGUCACCAAUCCAAAUAGCUAACCAGUUAUUCAACCAAGAUGAAGACACUUGCACAGAAUUUCAGUACCCAGGAGUAGUAAACCUCAAUGUCAAGAAGAUGAGGUCAAACUUGAAAGUGAUAUUACCCAAUCAGAACAACAUUUUGCAUAUACUUGAUGCAGCAAAGAAUUCCGACUUUGUUGUAUUUGGAAUUUCAGCAACAAAGGAAAUUGAACCGGAACAUGGUGAAACCAUCUUGCGAACGCUAUUGGCACAAGGUAUAGGCUCUGUUAUUGGAGUCUUGCCAAAUCUUGUAACUGCAUACCCUAAAAGAAAUUUACAACUUGACGUUAAACAAUCUUUACAGUCAUUCUUCAAUCAUUUCUUCCCUGCUGAGGAUAAAUUGUAUUCAUUGGAACUGGCUUCCGAUAACGCAAACUGUUUGAGAUACAUAUGUCAGAAAUUUCCCAGUCUGGUUUCUUGGAGGGACUCGAGAGGGUGGGUUGUUGCUGACAAGGCUGAAUGCAGAGAUCAAUAUGAAGGUAUAAUAGUGGAAGGCACUUGUCGAGGUACUGGGUUUAAUGUAAAUAGACUAGUCCAUAUUCCUGGAUAUGGAGAUUUUCAAGUUGAAAAAAUUGAAAAAUUAAACAAAUUGAACGGAAAGCAUCGAAAUGAAAUGCAAAUUGAUGAGGAUAUUGAGGAAUCGUAUGAGCCUGAUGAAAGUCAAGAUACUUUGGAUGAGUUGAACCCAGAACCAAUUGAAGAAGUAGUGGAUGAGGAGAUGUGGGAUGAAUCAAACCCACAAGCGUCGUCAUUAGGGGUGCGAUCAGAGGGAAAAAUUUAUUUUAAUGAUGAUGAUGAUGACAAAGUGAAUAGUAAUGGUACUGGUGGUAAGAGAAUACCAAAGGGAACAUCUGAGUAUCAAAGUCGAUGGCUUGUUGAAGAUGUUUUGGACGAAGAUGCAUCUGAUUUGGAGGUCGAGGUAAAUGACGAAAACGAGGACGAGAACGCAAAGGGAGGAGUUUUCGAUGAAGCCAUUGAUCAAAAUGACCAAUUGACUGACGAUGCCAUAACAGAAUAUGCAGACUCUGAAAUGCAUAUUGACUUAUCGCCAGAAGAAGAAGAACGACAAUUGGAAGAAACUCGUCAAGCUGCAAAGGAUGAUUUGGAAUUUCCAGAUGAAAUUGAGUUACAACCGGGGGAAUCUGCAGUGGAGAAGUUGCUGUCAUAUAGAGGAGUCAAGUCCUUGGCUAAUUGCGACUGGAAAGUAGACGAACAAGAUGCUGAAAGACCAAGCAUAUGGAAUAGAUUAUUACGUGUAUCCAACUACAAAGCCACUAAAAACAGAGUCAACAAAGAAUUCUCUAAAACCAUUCAAAUCUACCCUGGUGAUCACAUAAGAUUAUAUAUAAAAGCUCCCAAAUUUGUACUCGAGAAUGUCAAUGUUAGUGUUAAGCCAUUUUGCAUUUAUGAAUUACUUCAACAUGAGCAUAAAUUAGCUGUUUUGAACUUUUCGUUUGAGAGCUGGGAAGAGUACGAAAAGCCUAUUUCAAACAAGGACACUAUGGUAGUUCAAUACGGUUUCCGUAGACAAGUCAUUAACCCCGUUUUCAGCCAAGCAUCCAACAACAAGAACAAUGUACACAAGCAAGAAAAUUUUCAUCAUCUAGGAAAUACCACAAUAGCAACAGCAAUUGCUCCGAUAUUUUUCACAAAUGCACCCGUAAUAUUUUUCAAACCAAGUGGAAGCGGGAAUAAUAACUUGAACUUGGAAUUGAUUGGUAAAGGAACAUACUUGGGAUGUGAUCAUACACGUAUAGUGGCCCAGCGUAUUGUGCUCACUGGUCACGCGGUAAAAAUCCAUAAGAAAGUGGUUACUGUACGCUAUAUGUUUUUCAAUCCUCGUGAUGUCAACUAUUUCAAAGCAGUUGGCUUAUUCACAAGAUCAGGAAGACUGGGAUUCAUUAAGGAAAGUUUGGGUACGCAUGGGUACUUUAAGGCAACUUUUGACGGCAGAUUAACUUCACAAGAUGUGAUUGCAAUGAGCUUAUACAAACGUACUUGGCCUGAGAUUUCUAAUUUAUACGAAGAGUAA